AUGAAGUACGCAGUGACUUUGAUUCUGGCCCUAGCGGCAUGCCACGUUGAUGGAUCCCUGCGAUUUCUCGAAGAUCAUUGCAGUUCAAAGUUGCGACUCCACCGCGAACUCCAUCUUAUCGGAGGAGAUGAUGCCAAACUAUUUUCGACACCAUGGAUGGCAUAUCUGCAUCGAAAUGGGAAUUUUAUUUGCGGCGGAACCCUCAUCACCUAUCGCUUUGUUCUCACUGCUGCGCAUUGUAGAAAGUUGGACGAGCAAAUAGUGGUGCGACUGGGAGAAUACGAUGCCAGAACGCAGAUAGAUUGCAGAGAUCGAACAUGCGCACUUCCCUUUGAAGACCAUGAAGUCGAGUCCUUUCAUUCCCAUCCCUCCUACACGACGAUCAAGCACUUCGAUAUAGCUCUCGUUAAACUCAAGACGAGGGUGGUAGAGCAAAUCAACAUCACACCGAUCUGUCUGCUGUUGGACACCACGGACACAUGGCAGCGUUAUGUAGAUUCCAUUCAACAGUUUUCUGUGGCCGGCUGGGGCAUGACCGAAGCGGGGUCGCUUAGCCACGUUCUCAAGACGGCAAAAGUCACGAAGGUUGACGGGUUAACCUGCCUGGCUGACUUUGGUUUUGAAGUCGAUCAGAGUCACAUCUGUGCCGGGGAUCCCGCUCGCCAUACAUGCUACGGAGACUCUGGCGGCCCAUUGUUUGCAACAAUAAGCGAAGAUUUGGUGGACUACAACGUUCAGUUUGGGAUUGUCAGCUACGGAGAGAACCCUUGCCAAGGCGUGGGCGUAUUCACGAAUGUUAAAAGCUAUAUUCCAUGGAUCGAACACACCAUAAACAGGACAAACACUGUAGCAUAA